AUGGCUGAUCAUCAAGAAACAGAAAAAAGAAUCGAUUUUGACCCCGACAUUGUUGGCGGUGACGAUGGCGACUCUGCCAUAGACUCUCAAAGGUGGGUCGAGUCAACGACAUCCAUCACCUCCAGUAUUCUCGAGUAUCGCAAAAUCCACGGGAGAACUUACAAAUCUUCAAAGACGACGGAAUACUGGGCUCCCAAUGAUGAGAAGCAUGUGGAAGGAUUUGACCUUGGGUGUGAGGAUCCUAGACGUGGGUACAGGCUCAGGUAUUUGGGCAAUAUCGACGAUGCACAACUCGACUGGACCUUUGAACCUGAGCUAUUUGACUUUAUCCACAUCCGCUCGCUCCACGACGCCAUCGAUGACUGGACUAAGCUCUACGGUCAGCUUUUCAAGUUCCUUAAGCCAGGAGGCUGGGUUCAGCACAUGGAACCGGGGAUCGCACUGCGCUGUGAUAACCCGGCCACCAAGGUGGACAAGGACCACGUCUUCAAGCAGUGGGCUCAGCUCUUCUACGACGCUGGUGAUCGCCUGGGACGCACCUUUGACAUCACAGACAAGAAAAUGGAGACCUGGGCUUGCGAAGCUGGAUUCACCCAGAUUCCACCCAAGACGCUCAAACUUCCCUACGGCGGUUGGCCCAAGGACCCAACGCUCAAGGAACUGGGCCGAUACGUCAACUUCUACAUGGAUAUGAGCUUGGGUGGCUUUGCCACUUACCCCAUGAGCCAGAUCCUGGGCUGGAGCCUCGAGGAGAUCACAGUAUUGGUUACUCAGAUGCGUGCCGCUAUCAAUGAUCAGAAGAAUUUCCCAAAUGGUGGCAUGUAUGUCACUUACGGCCAGAAGCCAUGGCCGUGA